AUGCUGAGUCCGACGCGACGACGCGCGACGGUUGAGUCGACGACGUCGUUCGAGCACUGUCGAGCGGGGACGCCGACGGGACGAGCGCAGGUCGAUCGAUUCAUCCCGAGCCGUAGCGCGUUGGAUUUGGACGUGGCGCACUACAAUUUGUCCCGAGAGGGCGGGGAAUCGGAGGUGGAUGAUGCGGUAAAGGAGAUCAAGUCUCCGGCGAAGGAAGCGUAUAAGAAAAGUCUUGCGGAUAACUUCCACGUGGAUAACGGAAGCGAUUCGGCGAAGAUUCUCGCGUUCAAGUCAAAGGCGCCGGCGCCGCCGAGCGGGUUGGAAAACUCGGCGCGCGGUGUCUACACGAACAACUCCGCGGGAGUGAAGGCGAAGAAGACGUUCCGUCAGAUUCCCAGCGCUCCCGAACGCAUCUUAGAUGCGCCGGAGUUGAUCGAUGACUACUAUUUGAACCUUAUCGACUGGGGGUCGUCGAACCAAGUCGCGGUGGCGUUGGGGUGCACCGUGUACAUGUGGAACGCGGAUACUGGGGCUAUCAACCAAUUGUGCCAGACCAACCCGGAUGACGAAGAUGAUUACAUCACCUCCGUCAACUGGGGUGCGGACGGUAAGCACAUUGCGGUGGGUACGAACAGUGCGGAGGUUCAAAUUUGGGACGCGGCGCAGUGCAAGAAGGUGCGUACGUUGCGAGGUCACGCCGCGCGGGUGGGUGCGGUCUCGUGGAACGGUUCGCAGCUUGCAACGGGUAGUCGUGAUAACAACAUCAUGAUUCACGACGUUCGCAUUCGCGAGCAUUGCACCUCGACGCUCCAGGUUCACCAGCAAGAGGUUUGUGGCUUGAAGUGGAGCCCGAGUGGCAAUCAGCUCGCGUCUGGCGGUAACGACAACUUGUUGCACAUCUUUGAUGCGAGCUCCAUCGGCAAUCAACAAGCGUUGCACAGAUUAGAUGCGCAUCAAGCUGCCGUUAAGGCUCUCGCCUGGUGUCCGUUCCAGUCCAACUUGCUCGCUUCGGGCGGCGGUACCGCCGACCGUUGCAUCAAGUUUUGGAACACGAACACCGGCGCCAUGCUCAACUCUGUGGACACGCACUCGCAAGUGUGCUCGUUGCAGUGGAACACGCAUGAGCGGGAGCUUUUGUCGUCGCACGGUUACAGCCAAAACCAGUUGUGUUUGUGGAAGUAUCCGACGAUGACCAAGAUGGCCGAGUUGACGGGUCACCAAGCGCGAGUGCUUCACAUGGCGCAGUCUCCGGACGGUACCACGGUGGUAUCGGCGGCCGCGGAUGAGACUUUGCGAUUCUGGAAGUGCUUCGAUAACGCUAGCGAGAAGACCAAGAAGGUGCGCGAUUCCAAUGACUCAUCUGUUUUGCGCAGGUUCAAUUUCCGCUAA